AUGGGUAUUGUGUUGCGAUGCAACGCCAAUCACUCGAAUCAAAACUUUGUUGAGCAGCAGAGGCGACGACGAUGCUGGGCCGGCAUUCGAAUGCUUUAUACCUACCAAGGUAUUCUUUUCCGCGAUGUCGAUCCCUCGUUCCUCCUUUCCUUUCCUUUUACUAUGCCCGCAGAGGUUGACGAUUCCGAUAUACAAGCGGAUUCAAUUAAGGAGCCAUCAACAUAUCCAAACAGCAUGUCGCUCACCAAGUUCAAACUUCGCUUGUUUGAGCUGUCAACUCAGAUAUGCUCCCGACUUUCUAAUAGCUCAUCAUGUGACGAAGCUACUAUGCAUCACUUUGACGGUCUAAUCGGAGUCGAACAACAGCAUUGGGCGUCCGCUUAUAUACCUUCUGGGUGUCCAAGCUUCCUCGAUACAGCAGGGUUCGCAUAUUGGUGCAUACUAGAGACAUAUGCUUACCAGCUUUAUCUCCUGAUUCACCGGCCUUUCUAUCAUUCACAAUCUCCCCAAUUUCUCCCUUGCAGUAGAAAGAAGUAUGUCGAAUCAAGCAUAGCGUUAUUAGAAACGUACGAGAAGUUGUGUGAGCGUCCUACGCUUCGACCAUGCCGAUGGCUGGUAAACGGUAUGAUGAGUUUCAAUGCGCUCCAGGGAGUAGUUGCUUUGGCAGCUUGUCUGAUUGACAGAUAUGGACAAGAGGAUACCACAGGAUCCACCUAUCAGGCAGUUUUUGAUAAUGCCGUUAUGCGGAUUCGGUCACUACGGAACUCUAGUCCUGUUUGUGAAAGAGCUUAUCCUGAGGUCCAAAAGAUACAAGAACAAAUAUCCAUACUCAACACUAACGAGGCCCAUGCACCGUCUCAAAACUGGGACGCCAGUGUCAAUUGGCUUGAUGAAAACUCCAUCGAUUGGGUCUUCUGGGAUAAUCUAAUCGACAACGUUGGCCUCAGUGCUCAGGACUAA